AUGAACUUUUUAUCAAAAACAUUAAGCUCUUUUACUAGUGGGUCGAUUCCAUACACUAUUAAAGAAAAAAUUAUUGAUCCUAUUUCACCAUCUACUGCAUUAGAUCGUAAUUCAAUAUGGACAUUAUAUAAUGGUUUGAAUCCAAAAGACAAUUCACCAAUUUCAAUCUUUGAAUUUAAUUUAAAAGAAGCAUCGAAUUAUCAAAAAAUAAAUUUAGCAAAGAAUGCUUUUAAAAAAUUGAAGUUGAUCAAAUUUCCAGGUGUCAUUUCAAUUGUUGAUUUUAUCGAAAAUGAUUAUUAUUUAUAUAUUAUAACUGAACGAGUCAUUCCACUUCCAAAAUAUCUUGAAGAAAAUAAAUUAGGUAACAAUUCACUAGUUGCAGGACUUUAUUCCGUAGCUGGAAGUAUUUCAUUCAUUAAUGAAACUUGUAAUUCAAUUUAUGGAGGUUUAAAUUUUCAUUCAUCAAUUUUUGUUAAUUUGCAAAGUGACUGGAAAUUAGGCGGAUUUGAAUUAGUUACAAAUUUAAAUUCUGAUCCAGAACAACCAAUUUAUAGACUAAGUCAAUACAUGCCACAAUCAUGGUAUGAAUUUGCCAGUGAAGAUUUAGAAGUUAUACGAUUGAAUCCAAAGAAAUUUGAUGCAAUACGAUUUGGUAAUUUUAUAAUGGCAGUAUUCAACAAUGGAAUGGUAAAUACAAAAGAUUCAAAUUUACCAAGCAAAUUAGCAACAAUCACGAAGAAAUUAUUAUCGAACAAACCUAACUUGAGAAUUACUAUAGCUCAAUACCUUAAGGAAUUGGCAUCAUUUCAUAAAUCUAAUCCUGUUAUAAUAUUUAACGAACAAUUGAAUGAGUUAAAAUUUUUACAAGAAUCUGAAAAGUUGAAUUUCAUUAAAUAUGAACUAUCAAAUUUUUUACAAGAUGAAAGUAACAACGAUCUCCCAUCAGGAUUAAUUCAUUAUAAACUAUUACCUGAUUUAAUUUAUCAAUAUAAACAACUUUCAAAAAGUUCUACAGAUCAAGAAACCUUAUCCAUUUUACUCAAUUUAAUUAUAAAGUAUGGGUGCAAAUUACCAGUUGAUGAAUUCAAUAAAUUAAUAAAACCAAUAAUUAUUGAUAGUUUUACAUCAACUGAUAGAUCAUUAAGAUUAAUUUUAUUAUCUCAUUUACCAGAGUAUCAAAAUUUUUUAACUGAAUCAGAUGUACAAUAUAAAAUUUUUAGUAAUUUAAUAACUGGUUUUCAAGAUAGUAAUUUUAUGAUUAGAGAAAUUACUUUAAAAUCAAUAACAAUAAUAAUUGAUAAAAUAUCAGUUAAACAAGUUAAUCAAGAAUUGUUAAGAAUAUUAUCAAAAUCUCAAGUUGAUCCAAAACCUUCGAUUCGUGUCAAUACAUUAAUUUUAAUCAUUAAAAUAAGUUCAAAAAUCUACAAAAAUUCAAAAAACAGUGUAUUGAUCACUGUAUUAGCUAAAUCAUUAAAAGAUUCAUUUAUACCAAGUAAAAUGACUGCAUUACAAGGGUUUGAAAGUUUAAUUGAUGAAUUUUCAUUAGAAGAAAUAUGUUCAAAAAUUUUAGGACAUUUAGCAAUUUCUUUAAUGGAUCAAAAAUCUAAAAAAGUAAGGAAUGAAGCAAAAAGAAUAUUUCAAUUAUAUUUAGAUUCAGUUGAAAAUCAUGCAAAGUCAUUACCUGAUUUAGAUAUUGAUGAAGAUGAAGAAGAAAAACAAUUUUUCAAAAAAUUUGCUCCAACAGAACAACAAUCAAAGAAGGAAGAAGAAAUUGAAGCCACCACAUUAAGUAGUAAUAGUUCUUUUGGUUGGAAUAUGGUAUCAAAAUUCACAUCUUUAGGUGGAGAAAUGAAUCAUGAUUUUGAUAAAUCUACACCUGAUUUGACAAGAGUGUCUACUCCAACUCAACAACAAUUACCAAUACAAAAUUCAAUAGAAGAUGAUGGGUGGAAUGAUUUUCAUGAUAAUUGGGGAGGAGGAGAAAAAGAAGAAGAAGAAGAAGAAGAAGAAGAAGAAGAAGAAGAAGAAGUCGUGAAUAAACCCAUAAUUCAAAAUGUGAGUAAGAUAAAUUUGGGCAAAUCUACCGAUAUACAUACUGGACUGAAACCUAAAUUACCAUCAAAAACAACAUCAUCAUUAAAAUUAGGAUCAAAACAGAAAUCAAAAACACCAAUUCUGACAUUAAAUUUGAAAAUAGAAGAAGAUGAAGAAGAAAUUGAUGGAUGGGGUGAUGGUUGGUAG